AUGAACUUUUUUUCUUUCAAAACAAGGAAAGGAGCUUACUGCUUACCCUCUCCUAUAAAUACCCGUUCAGAUCCCAAUUUGUUUAUUUCACCCAAAUUUGCAUUUCUGUUUAGCUUUCUUUAUCUCUCGACCAUGUCUAACCAAGCCGAAUCCUCUGACUCUAAGGGAACAAAGAGGGAUUUUAGUACUGCGAUUUUGGAGCGCAAGAAGGCUCCGAACCGGCUCGUUGUUGAUGAGGCUACCAAUGAUGAUAACUCGGUUGUCUCUCUCCACCCCGAUACCAUGGAGAAGCUCCAGCUCUUUCGGGGUGACACGAUCUUAAUUAAGGGUAAGAAAAGGAAAGAUACAAUCUGCAUUGCGCUUGCUGAUGACACAUGUGAUGAGCCAAAGAUCAGGAUGAACAAGGUUGUGAGGUCGAACCUGAGGGUUAGGCUUGGAGAUGUCGUCUCUGUGCACCAAUGUCCUGAUGUCAAAUAUGGAAAGCGUGUUCACAUACUGCCUAUAGAUGACACAAUUGAAGGGGUCACUGGAAAUCUCUUUGAUGCAUACUUGAAGCCUUAUUUCCUGGAGGCAUAUCGCCCAGUCAGGAAGGGUGAUCUCUUCCUUGUGAGGGGGGGAAUGAGAAGCGUGGAGUUCAAGGUUAUUGAGACUGACCCUGCAGAGUACUGUGUGGUUGCCCCAGACACUGAGAUUUUCUGUGAGGGAGAGCCUGUGAGGAGGGAAGAUGAAAAUAGAUUGGAUGAAGUUGGCUAUGAUGAUGUUGGUGGUGUUAGAAAACAGAUGGCUCAGAUUCGGGAGUUGGUGGAGCUUCCACUGAGACAUCCACAGCUAUUCAAAUCAAUUGGUGUGAAGCCGCCAAAAGGAAUUCUACUUUAUGGACCUCCUGGUUCUGGGAAGACUCUAAUUGCCCGGGCCGUUGCCAAUGAAACUGGUGCUUUUUUCUUCUGUAUUAAUGGACCUGAGAUCAUGUCCAAAUUGGCUGGGGAAAGUGAAAGCAAUCUCAGAAAAGCUUUUGAGGAAGCAGAGAAGAAUGCACCAUCCAUUAUUUUUAUUGAUGAGAUUGAUUCAAUUGCUCCUAAGCGGGAGAAGACGCAUGGUGAAGUUGAGAGGAGGAUAGUCUCCCAGCUCUUGACACUUAUGGAUGGACUUAAAUCCCGUGCUCAUGUUAUUGUCAUUGGGGCCACAAAUCGUCCCAACAGCAUAGACCCAGCUUUGAGAAGGUUUGGUAGAUUUGAUAGGGAAAUUGAUAUUGGUGUUCCAGAUGAAGUUGGGCGUCUUGAGGUUCUUCGAAUCCAUACAAAGAAUAUGAAGCUUGCUGAAGAUGUUGAUUUAGAAAGAAUUGCCAAAGACACACAUGGUUAUGUUGGUGCUGAUUUAGCUGCUCUUUGCACUGAGGCUGCACUUCAGUGCAUCAGGGAGAAGAUGGAUGUGAUAGACUUGGAAGAUGAGUCGAUAGAUGCUGAGAUACUUAACUCUAUGGCAGUUACUAAUGAACACUUCCAAACUGCACUUGGAACAAGCAACCCAUCUGCUUUGCGUGAAACAGUUGUUGAAGUGCCUAAUGUGAGCUGGGAAGAUAUUGGAGGUCUUGAGAAUGUUAAGCGAGAGCUUCAGGAGACUGUUCAAUAUCCAGUGGAGCAUCCUGAGAAAUUUGAGAAGUUUGGAAUGUCACCCUCUAAGGGGGUUCUUUUCUAUGGCCCUCCUGGAUGUGGGAAAACUCUUCUGGCUAAAGCUAUUGCAAAUGAAUGCCAGGCAAAUUUCAUCAGUGUCAAGGGUCCUGAGUUGCUUACAAUGUGGUUUGGUGAGAGUGAAGCCAAUGUGAGAGAAAUUUUUGAUAAGGCUCGCCAAUCUGCUCCUUGUGUCCUCUUUUUUGACGAACUUGACUCAAUUGCUACUCAGAGAGGAAGCAGUGUAGGAGAUGCGGGGGGUGCUGCUGAUAGGGUUUUGAACCAACUUCUGACAGAGAUGGAUGGCAUGUCUGCAAAGAAAACUGUUUUUAUAAUUGGAGCCACUAAUAGACCUGACAUCAUUGAUCCUGCACUUUUGCGCCCUGGCCGUCUUGAUCAGUUGAUUUACAUCCCUCUUCCUGAUGAGGAUUCUCGUCAUCAAAUUUUCAAGGCUUGCUUGAGGAAAUCACCAGUUUCCAAAGAUGUUGAUCUGAGAGCACUUGCCAAGUAUACUCAGGGCUUUAGUGGUGCUGAUAUUACUGAGAUUUGCCAGCGUGCUUGCAAAUAUGCUAUUAGAGAGAACAUUGAAAAGGAUAUUGAGAGGGAAAGGAGGCGUAGAGAGAACCCAGAAGCAAUGGAGGAAGAUGUUGAGGAUGAUGUGGCAGAGAUCAAGGCAGCACAUUUUGAGGAGUCAAUGAAGUAUGCCCGUAGGAGUGUGAGCGAUGCUGAUAUUCGCAAAUACCAGGCAUUUGCUCAAACUUUGCAACAAUCAAGAGGCUUUGGAACUGAAUUCAGGUUUUCUGAAGCUAGUGGUGCAGCUACUGGAACUGAUCCUUUUGUAGCUUCUGCUGGCGGGGCUGAUGAUGAUGACCUUUACAAUUAAAUUGUUAUUUUCAAGUGUGCAUGUGUCGUUUAUGCUGGCCCAAUAUGUGUAUCUGUUUACUUCCAUAUAUGUUGUAGUUUUAAGAAUCCAUGGGUUAUUUUAUUUGUCCAAGUCAAGCCUUGGUUUUCGGCCAGUAGAAGACCAUGGCUACUGGUCCAAGUUGAUAGAAUAGAUAAUGCCACUUUAUUGGUUAUAACGGAUGAAUUUUGAAUCCAGAAACGUACCAAACUUUUAGAUUGGUAACAUAUAA